UUUAAAACGGUUAACGACAUAAAUAAUAUUUAAAUUUGGCUUAAAAUUAAGUAUGAAAAUCGAUAUAUUAAGCUGUAAACGUACUAAAGUACUUAACACUCAAGUGGCCAUAAAGAUAUAUAAUUUGUAAUUUAACAUCUGUAAAUCGCGUCAGUACAUAAUUCGGUCAGUAGAUGUCACUGAAUAAUAAAUAUAUUAAAAACAAUAUCGAAAAUAAUUCACAUUUUUAAAUAACGUGACUGAACAAUUACCUUUCGCUACCGAGUGACGUCACGAAAAUUACUCCCCAUAGUACUCUUCCGAAACACAUGAAAUCCUUUCUUCUUACUGCACGUGACGAGUGACGUCACGCUGUGCAGUGAAAGACGUUGGGAAGAGGCGGACAGAAUCAUUGAUCGCUGCACUUGCCUUGAUCUCACCGACUGCAAACUGACAAGAGGAACAACUGUCUUCAGGUAUUUGGAUAUGUUACAAAAUCAGAAGAAAUAUGAAUUUUUUUAAAAGAUUUAAUGGGAAACGAUUAAUAAUGAAAUUAUUUUACGUUGUUAUAUUUAUUGCCUUUCUUUUAUGCAUUAAUUACCUCGUAUACGAAACUGGUUACUAUUACACUUUUACGUCACCUCGAGAAGAAGCAUUCUUCAUUAAAAAUCUUUCAACAACAAGUCUUCCUAUUAAUAAUUAUGAUAUGCUUCAUGUUUUGGUGUUAACUUAUCCACGAAGUGGUUCUUCAUUUGUUGGGAAACUCCUACAGAGUCCAAGUCAAGCAUUCUAUCACUUUGAACCUCUACAUUAUCUCUUCGAUCGUAAGAGGAGUAGAACGAGAAGCAGCGGAAGAAGCAGAGCUUAUCCUUCUAAAUACCCAACUCCGCACGAAUUUACCCACGAUAUAUUUAUGUGUAAAUAUAGAAAUUCCUUUUUAAACUGGGCAAAGAAUCAUAACAGUUUGAAAAUCUUACAGAGAAACGAACGUUAUUGGAAGUCUUGUAGUGAUGUUAACGGUACUAAUUUAUGUUAUAAUGCUGAAUAUUUUCAUAAUAAAUGCCGUAAUUUUACUAUGCAAGUAGCUAAAACUAUUCGUAUGAGCGUAAGUGAAGCUCAUACUAUGUUAGACACUUAUAAAGAUCUCAAUUUGAAAAUUAUUCAUUUACUAAGGGAUCCAAGAGGAAUUAUGAAUUCGCGCUCCAAGCCUUCGAUAGCAUCUUGGUGUAAAACUGAUAUAACUUGCUACUCGUCUAGGGUGUUCUGUGCUAAACUGGACAGUGAUUUAAUGGAAGCUGAACGAAUACUACAGAAAUAUCCCAACAGAUAUUUACCAUUAAGAUACGAGGAACUUUGUUGCAAUAUGUAUCGAGAAACUGAAAAAAUUUUUAAAUUUUUAGGUUUUGGCCAAGUUCCUAAAGAGACUACGCAAUUUUUACAUUCACAUAAUUUGGCCAUCAUGCAAAAUAAUACAUCUUUAGUCGAAGAAAAGUAUUUAGAAUCGUCGUAUACUACGGUUCGCGACUCCUUUAAAACAGCAUUCGCAUGGAGGAACGAACUUAAAUUUCGAAAUGUCAAAUUUAUUCAGAGGCACUGCGAGAAAGUUAUGCAGAAAACUAAUUAUGCAAUUGUUACAACGGAGGGUGAAAUGAAAGAUUUGAAUUUUCAAACAAUCCUCAAUACCACAGCCUGUGAUCGAUCCUGAUCAAGGAUUAAAAAAAACGAAUUUAUAAUAAUAUAUUCUAUGAGUAUUAAUUAUUAUAAUACCCAAUGAUGGGUGCUAAAAAAGAUUUAUCAUCUGUGAUUUUUCUUCAUUUCAUUCCAUUUUAUUUUUAUUGUUGAAUGGGAUAAUAUAUUUUAAACCAUGGCCCGGACAUCCAGUUUAAUAGUUGAACAUUCUAACGAACAAACGAUGAUUAUAUAUAUAUACAUAUAGACUUAUAUAGAUCUUUACUGCCGAAUUUAAUUUUUUGUAGAUAUAAAAAAAAAAACUAUAUAUAAAAUUUUUCACCUCAUCACCGUA